GCCCCCAGUUGGCACCAGUGGCUCACCAGAGGCAAGAAGGAGGUGGACGUCUUGGAUAUUGGGAAGAGGUCUCUCACCAAGCUCAUCCAGCAGGACGCCUGGGACUCCAUGGGGUUCAGAGUGGGCAGUAAAGUCUGGGGCGCGGUGGGAGCCCCCCCCCUCAUCAAGCCCCUGGCCUCGCUGAUCACGGAGUUCAGGCGUGGAGGGGCCCAGGGGGACCUCAAGGCCAGGCUGUUAUCGGGACUAGUGGCUGGAGGUUACCCGACCCAACGCGCUCUGUAUCUCGACGGGCGCGCGAUCCGACCUGACUGCCAGCGGUGCAAGGUGGCAGCAGGAACCCCGACCCGCCGGCUUUAUCGCUGCAUGGGCACAUACUUGCUGCGCCAGAGCAUGGAUGUCGACGAUGCGGUCACCCAGGCAGGCUGGCCAUGUGGGCUCCAGGCGCCAGCCAUCCAGCGGGAGAAGUACCAGCAAAAUGGCGUGUUUCAGGUGCGCAUGUGCAUCGAUGGCUCGGCGAUCGACCCCGAGCUGCCCUUCGCUCGGGCAGGAUGGGCGGUCGUCGGCAUGGCCAGCGACACGUGUGACAUCACCGGCUCUUGCUACGGGCCCCCCCCCCACCCCGUCCAGGAGGCAGGAGGAGGGGAGAUUUAUGCUCUUCGGAUGGCCUUCCAGAUGUGCGGUGCUGGCCCUGUCGCUGUUGUCACGGACUGCAAGCUUGUCAUCGAUGUGCGGGAGCGAGGGCCGCAGCAUAAUCUCGAGCGCCUGGCCUUCAGCGAGCUGUGGUCCCGCAUCUUCCAGAACGGCGAGGACAUACGACGGGAGAACAGAAUCCUCAUAAAAAGUAAUUCCCACCCCAGCUUGAUCAAGGCCCUCGAGAGGGGUCACCCGAUCUGGGCCUGGAAGGGAAAAAGGGAGGCGGACAG